CUCAGGGUCUGAGUGAGAAGGCAAUGCCAGGCCUGCCCGGGCAGCCAGGCGGGCCCCAAGCCCCCGCAGGUCAGAGAGGCUCCCAAGGCAGGUGGUGCCACUCUCCUUAGGUUGAAGGAUGUGUUCCAAGUCGCCCGGCGAGGGGACAGUUCCGGGAAGGCUGGGAGGGGCCCAGAGGCACAUGCGGCGUGCCCCUCACUCCUGGUCCUGCUCCCCAGGCAGGGAGAUAGCAUCACGCAAGGAGGGGGCAGCCCACCAGCCCUCGGCCGACGUGGCGGAGCCUGGAAGGCCACGUCUGGAAGUCCAGGCCUCACCCCGGGAGCCAGGCUUGCCGAAGGGGGUCAGGCCUGGGCUGAAGUGGGAAACGGCCCGUUGCAGGGGCUGAGUGGGGAAGCUGGCCCAGCAGGGAGAGGCUGUGGCUGUCACCCAGCAAGCAGCCAGGUCGGUGGGCUGGACGCUGACCUCGGGCGAGAUGGGCUGAGGCGAGGUGUGGAUCCUCGCAGUGACCCCUCAGCUGACCCAAGCUGUGUGCCCGGCUGAGGCCACAGGCAAAGCCAGGCACACUGUCCUCAGGCUCCUUACAAGAACAACAGAGGCAUCUCCAGCGCGUCACCAAGCCCUAAAUAGAGCAGCCCAGCCAUGGCAUCCCCCACCAAGACUUCUUGGACUGGGCGGCAGCACGCGGCCAGGCCAGGCGGCCGGACAGGCUCCAAGCUCAGGACCUCAGGAUGGGAGAUGAGGAGAAGCGGAACAGGGCCAUCACGGCCCGCAGGCAGCACCUGAAGAGCGUGAUGCUGCAGAUAGCGGCCACAGAGCUGGAGAAGGAGGAGAGCCGCCGCGAGGCCGAGAAGCAGAACUACCUGUCAGAGCAUUGCCCACCACUGCACAUCCCGGGCUCCAUGUCAGAAGUGCAGGAGCUCUGCAAACAGCUGCACGCCAAGAUCGACGCGGCUGAAGAGGAGAAGUACGACAUGGAGGUGAAGGUGCAGAAGAGCAGCAAGGAGCUGGAGGACAUGAACCAGAAGCUGUUUGAUCUGCGGGGCAAGUUCAAGCGGCCCCCGCUGCGGAGGGUGCGCAUGUCAGCUGACGCCAUGCUCAAGGCCCUGCUGGGCUCCAAGCACAAGGUGUGCAUGGACCUGAGGGCCAACCUGAAGCAGGUCAAGAAGGAGGACACAGAGAAGGAGCGGGACCUGCGAGACGUGGGUGACUGGAGGAAGAACAUCGAGGAGAAGUCUGGCAUGGAGGGCCGGAAGAAGAUGUUUGAGUCCGAGUCCUAGGCUACUCACUGCCCCCACGCCUGCCCCGGUGCCCAGCUCCUAGCAGAACAUACUAGGGGGAUGCACCCAGAGCCUGCCAGGGAGGGCUGGCCUCACCUUCACUGUCAAUAAAGGAUUUGAAUCCCC